AUGGACGAGAUUGAAGCUCUAGGAGACGAAGUCCAAGGACUUGCAAUCUCCAAGGAACAACAGGAACAACAGAAGAAAAGAGCACCAUGGUCCGGAGAAAAGUCAAAGAAAAAACAAGCUGAUAACGAUCGACAGAGCUUGUUUGAGAAGUUAAAGGAAUACGAAACAAAACGACGUUCCGUGUAUUCUUCGAAACUAGAUUCCAUGUCACUCUACUGGAAAUCAUACAAGGAUUUACUUUCUGCGAGUUUGCAAGAGACUGGUCGUGCGGAACGUCUAGUCUUGGGUACAUGUCGAGCACAUCAGCAAUAUUCCAACGCAAUGCAAGCCAUACACGAUGACGUAUUUCUGGAUGAAAAGGGCAAUGUCGCCAGUGACAAGCUACAAAAGCGUCUUGCCAAUUCUCGAGCACAAGUGUCUCAAGCAAAAUCAAUAACAGUGGUGAAAGAAAUCCGAGAAUCUCAUGGGACAUUGGCUAACCGCUUUGGAGAGAACGCUAAAAAUAUGGACCAAGAGAUUGCAGAAACCAUUCAAACACUGCACACGAAUUUAAAGAAGCAAUUUACGGAAAUGGAAACUCUUGGAUCUUCCAUAAUCGACGAAUUAGAAAAGACGGAACAAGAAGUCACCAAGGCUUGGGGUACAUAUAUAAAGAGCAAUUCUCUCUCAAAUGACGGAUCUCUUUUGCCUAGUAAAUCACCACGGUCGCAAGUGGAAUCUCCAAAGAAACGUGGUGAAUUGGAUCCUUGGAUUGUUGAAAUGCAAUAUCGUGUUGCAGCGGCCUAUCAAAAUGCUGCAUGGGAAAAGGGUAAUACGGAGUUGACAAAUUUGUUUGCUUCCGUGAAAAAAGAAGAGUGUAGCAGGAGGAUCAAUUUGCGUGAAUUUCUCGUUGCAUUCGUACAACGGCAACAGCGCUUGUUCUUGAGUCUACCAGGUGUUCACAACGCAGUGCUCGAGGAGCUUGUUGGCAAAGAAAUCAGCUUGGAAGAAGUGGAACGAACAGUCCAAAGUGCGAUCCAAAGUCGUACCGAAAAGUACAAUGCCGACUUGGCUGCAUUGUCGCCCGCUCCAUCACGAGAUAAUGACGAAGAGAAAACAGAUGUUCCACAGCUAGAGUCACCACUACUCAGUGAUCUUCUUACCAAGGCUAAAGUGAUUGAGAGGAGGCUGGAGAGUAAAUGGCAGACUUGUCUGGCAAUCAUUACAGCGGAUUCCUUCUUGCAUUUGUUUGACAUUGACACCAAGUCCAUCAUUCCAGGAUCUUCACCUGAGAUUGCUUUCAAGACACUUGUUCCUUCGGUAUUCGUUCCAAGUUCUGCCAACAUGACUUCGGGAAAGACCAACUUUUCUCGUGGAUGGAGUGACUCGAUAACCCCCAGUGAUUCCAUGGUUUUGGCCAACUGCUCCGUGUUGAGAAAGAAUGAUACUGCUUUUGAGCUAACGGAAACGACGUCACCAACUGGUGCCCAAAAGAUGUUUGGAAAGAUCAUGAUCAAGAGAGCAUUGAUAAAUACUUCGACCAAGGCGGAAGCGGAAGAUUGGAUAACAGUGUUGACUGCCUGA